AUGCCAAGAGCUCCCCUCACAAAGUCUCACUUCCCUGUGACACUUCUGCCCCGAAGCGCCUUGUGCCCCGACCCCUCCUGUGACUGUCCUGGUUGUGUCUCCAGACUCGUGGUGGGAGCCCCCCUGGAGGUGGUAUCUGUCAGGAAAACAGGAUGGUUGUACAACUGUGUGGUGACCACCGGCCUGUGCCGGCCCAUCUUGCUGGACACACCCCUAGAAGCCGUGAACAUGUCCUUGGGCCUGUCCAUGGCGGCCUCCACCAAUUCCUCUUGGCUGCUGGCUUGCGGCCCGUCGGUGCACAGAGCCUGCAGGGAGAACAUGUAUGCCAAAGGCUCUUGCCCCUUGGGCACCCAUCUGCAGAUCAUCUCGACAGUCCCCGCUGCCCUGCCAGAGUGUCCAAAUCAAGAGAUGAACAUUGUCUUCCUGAUUGAUGAUUCUGGCAGCAUUGACCCAACUGACUUUAAACAGAUGAAGAACUUUGUCAGAGCUGUGAUGGGCCAGUUCAAGGGCACCAACACACUGUUCUCCCUGAUGCAUUACUCAAACCUCCUGAUAACCCACUUCAGCUUCAGCAAAUUUCAGACCAGCCCGCACCCUCAGAGCCUGGUGGAUCCUAUUGUCCAGCUGACCGGCCUGACAUUCACAGCCACCGGCAUCCGGACAGUGGUGGAAGAACUAUUUCAUAGUAAGAAUGGAGCCUGCAAAAGUGCCAAGAAGAUCCUCAUUGUCAUCACAGAUGGGCAAAAAUAUGAAGACCCCCUGGAGUACAGUGACGUCAUCCCCCAGGCAGAGAAAGCCAGCAUCAUCCGCUAUGCCAUUGGGGUUCAUCCCCUUCCUCGUGGGAGAUGCUUCCAGAAACCCACUGCCAGGCAGGAGCUGAACAUCACUGGCCCAGCGCCUUCAAAGGACCAUGUAUUCAAGGUGGACAACUUUGCAGCCCUCGGCAGCAUCCAGAAGCGGCUGCAGGAAAAGAUCUUUUCAGUUGAGGUGACCUGUUUCCCUGCUGGAACCCAGUCGAGGACAAGUAGCUCCUUCCAGCAUGAGAUGUCACAAGAAGGCUUCAGUUCAGUCCUCACCACGGAUGGACCAGUUCUGGGGGCUGUGGGGAGCUUCAGCUGGUCUGGAGGGGCCUUCCUGUACCCCCCCAAAAUGAGCCCCACCUUCAUCAACAUGUCCCAGGAGAACGGGGACAUGAGGGACUCUUACCUGGGUUACUCCACUGAGCUGGCCCUUUGGAAGGGGGUACAGAACCUGGUCCUGGGGGCCCCCCGCCAUCAGCACACCGGGAAGGUUGUCCUCUUCACCCAGGUGUCCAGGCAGUGGAGGCCGAAGGCUGAAGUCACAGGGACCCAGAUCGGCUCCUACUUCGGGGCCUCCCUCUGCUCCGUGGACGUGGACAGAGAUGGCAGCUCCGACCUGGUCCUCAUCGGGGCCCCGCAUUACUAUGAGCAGACCCGGGGGGGCCGGGUGUCCGUGUGCCCCUUGCCCAAGGGGUGGGCUAAGUGGCAGUGUGGGGUCAUUCUCCAUGGGGAGCAAGGCCACCCCUGGAGCCGCUUUGGGGCAGCCCUGACAGUGAUGGGGGAUGUGAAUGGGGGCAAGCUGAUGGACGUGGCCAUUGGGGCCCCAGGAGAGCAGGAGAAACAGGGUGCCAUCUACCUGUUUCAUGGAACCUCAGGACUGAGCAUCAGCCCCUCCGCACAGUGGAUCACAGGCUCCCAGCUCUCCCCCAGGCUUCAGUAUUUCUGGCAGUCACUGAGUGGGUGUCAGGACAUCACUCAGGAUGGACUGGUGGACCUGGCCGUGGGGGCCCAGGGACACGUGCUGCUGUUCAGGAGCCUGCCGGUGCUGAAUGUGGAGGUAGCUAUGAUAUUCACACCCCCGGAAGUGGCAAAAGCUGUGUACUGGUGCUGGGAAGAUGUGCCCGCCACCCUGGAAAUUGGGGACACCAGAGUCUGUCUCACUAUCCACGAAAGCUCACAGGAUCAGCUCCGUGACGUCCAAAGCUCUGUCAAGUACGAUCUGGCAUUGGAUCCAGGCCGUCUGAUUCCUCGUGCCAUUUUUGAUGAGACCAAGAACUGGACUUUGACUCGAAGAAAAAUCCUGGGGCUGGGGGAUCACUGUGAAACCCUGAAGCUGUUUUUACCAGGCUGUGUGGAGGACGUGGUGAACCCCAUCAUCCUGUGGCUCAACUUCUCCCUGGUUGGGGAGCCCAUCCCCUCAUCUCAGAACCUUCGCCCUGUACUGGCCAUGGGCUCACAGGACCUCUUCACUGCUUCUCUCCCCUUUGGGGAGAACUGUGGGCAAGAUUACCUCUGUGAAGGGGCCCGCAUCAGCCUCAGCUUCUCAGGCCUGCAGACCCUGGUGGUGGGGAGCUCCCUGGACCUCAAUGUGACAGUGAACGUGUGGAAUGAGGGCAAGGAUUCCUACGGAACUGUGAUCAGCUUCCACUAUCCAGCAGGGCUGUCCUACCGACAAGUGUUAGGAAUCCAGCAACCCCAUCAGCAGCCCCUGCACCUGGCAUGUGAGGCAGUGCCCAAUGGGGACGAGGGCUUGAGUAGCAGCGGCUGUAGUACUAACCAUCCCAUCUUCCAAGAGGGCACUAAAGGCACCUUCAUGGUCACAUUUGAUGUCUCCUACAAGGCCACCCUGGGAGACAAGUUGCUUUUGACAGCCAAUGCAAGCAGUGAAAAUAAUAAGCCUGCAUCCAGCAAGUCUAACUUCCAGCUGGAGCUCCCAGUGAAAUACGCUGUCUACACGGUGAUCAGCAGCCAGGAAGACUCCACCAAAUACUUCAAUUUUUCAGCUUCUGAUGAGAAGAGAAGAAAAGAAGCUGAGCAUCAAUAUCGUGUGAAUAACCUGGGUCAGCCAGAUCUCGCCCUCAGCAUUCAUUUCUGGGUCCCCAUCCUGCUGAACAGUGUGGCUGUGUGGGACAUGGCUGUGGUGGCCCCUUCGCAGAGUCUCCCCUGUGUGUCAGAGAGGGAACCUCCCCAUCAUCCUGACUUCCAGACUCCAGGGAGCCUCAUGCUGGACUGCUCCAUUGCCGACUGCCUGAGGUUCAACUGUGACAUCCCCUCCUUCGGUGUCCAGGAGGAACUUGACUUCAUCCUGAAGGGCAAACUCAGCUUUGGCUGGGUCAGCCAGAUGUUGCAGAAGGAAAUACUGGUCGUGAGUGUGGCUGAAAUCACAUUCAACAGAUCCAUGUAUUCCCAGAUUUCAGGACAGGAGGCCUUUUUGAGAUCCCAGAUGGUGACAGUGCUAGAAGAGUAUGAGCUCUAUGAUCCUGUCCCCCUCAUUGUGAGCAGCUCUAUGGGGGGACUGCUGCUGCUGGCUCUCAUCACAGCCGUCCUGUACAGGUGUGGCUUCUUCAUACGUGAGUACAAAGAAAUGAUGGGUGACAAGUCUGAAGACACUGCCACAUUGAGUGGGGAGGAUUUCACCUGUGAGGCUCCCAAUUAGCCUUUGUCCUAA